UUCCCUGACCGCACAGCUGUUUUUGGAGAAUAAGGAACUUUGUUGAUUUCUCUCUCUUCUAUCAGCGAUGGCGUCCUCAGACCUGAAAGCGGAGCUGGAUUGUUCCAUCUGUCUGAACAUUUAUACGGAUCCUAUCAUGUUGAAAUGUGGACACAACUUCUGCCGGGUCUGCAUUGACCGCGUGUUUGAUUCCCAAGAGGGGUCCGGAGAUUAUUUCUGCCCUCAGUGCCGGAAAGAGUUCCAGGAGAGACCUCCACUGCAAAGAAAUAUCACUCUGCGGAACAUCACAGAGCGUUUCCUGUCUUCUCCACCACCAGAACCAGAGAAGUCCGGCAUCUUCUGCACUUAUUGUAUUCACUCCUCUGUACCCGCUGUGAAGUCCUGUCUACUUUGUGAGGCUUCUCUAUGUGAUGACCAUCUGAGAGUCCACAGCAAGUCACCAGAACACGUCAUAUGUGUCCCCACCAGCACCCCGGAGAACAGGAAGUGCCCCGUCCAUAAGAAGAUCCUGGAGUUAUACUGCACCGAGGACUCUGCUUGUAUCUGUGUCUCCUGCAGUUUAACUGGAGAACAUCGAGGACACAAAGUGGAUACCCUACAAGAGGCCUCUAUAAAGAAGAAGAAGAAACUGAUAAAUAAUCUUCAGAAAUGGAAUACUAAGAGAGAGGAGAAAGAAGAAUUAGUCCGGAGUCUGCAGGAAUACAGAGGAAGUGUACAAGAACAAGCAGAUAAUGAAGUAGAGAGAUUCACUGCCCUGUUCAGAGACCUCGAGAGACGUCUGGAAGACCUGGAGGAGAAAGUUGUGGAUGAGAUUUGCAGGCAGACAGAGUCUAUCUUACUCCCAGUCAUUGAUCUGAUCCAGGAGUUGGAAAUAAAGACGGAGAAGCUGUCCCAGAAGAUGCAUCCCUUAGAGGAGCUGUGCGCCAUGACGGACCCAUUGACCGUCCUUCAGGAACCAGACUCAGGUGACUUGUGUGAUACCGAGGAUGAAGAUGACGAGGACAGAGAAAAUCGCGAUCAACUCCUCUAUAAUAGAGGGGAUCUGGAUUUGUCUGGGGCCUCACGUAUGUUCCGCACAGGCAUGUCUGAUAUCAUAUCUGGUAUUGUUGGGUUUACGGGAGGGAUCUACAUAGAGAAAGCUGACAUAUUAUUGGAUGAGGACACGGCUCAUACUCAUCUAACUAUCUCAUAUGAUAAUAAGAGUGUAUUAAGGUCAGGCAGAGGCCAAUAUCGCCCAUAUAGUUCAGAGAGAUUUUCACAUUAUUGCCAAGUUUUAGGCAGUCAGAGUUUCUCCUCUGGGAGACAUUACUGGGAAGUAGAUGUCCAGAAAUCCAAUAACUGGAGAAUCGGGAUGUGUUAUGGCAGAAUAGACAGGGAUGAGGAUGACUCCUUGAUUGGAGGUAAUGACGUGUCCUGGGGUUUGAUCAGAAGGGGUAAAGACUAUUCAUUAUUACAUGACAAUGGUUUUAUUGCGCUUCCUGAAAAUAUUCCUGGUGGCCGAGUCCGGGUAUAUCUGGAUUACGAGGCCGGGCAGAUUUCCUUCUAUAUACGUGACCCCAUCUGCCACCUCCACACCUUCACCGCCAACUUCACCGAGCCCCUCUAUGCCGUGUUGGGUCUAUGGCAUUCAUGUAUAUCAUUAUGUUGAGGGGAUCUGGAUUUGAAUGUGCUUCAUAUACAAUUGUGCUCAUAAGUUUACAUUUCGUUUCGGAAUUUCGUUUUCGUCCGAAAAACAAAUAUAUUUAGUU